UCUUAACUUCUCCGAAGAAUAAUCCUUUACAGUCUAGUUUAAUGGUUGGACACCUGAUCCAAUAAUUUGCAAUAUUCGAGAAAUUUAAUCCUUUUUUAUAAAUUUUCUUUUAUUUAUUUCUUCAUUUUAUUUUCAAUAAUGAAGUCUAAAUACCACUCCACCCGCAAUAAUAAUUGCUCACUUUUUUCAACCUUUUUGCCACCCUAAUCCCAACUUAUAAAAAAAUUGAAAAAAGUCUUUGUCAAAAUCAAACCCUUUUCUAAUUUUCAAGGAGAGAAAUUUCACACUAUUAAAUUUAUUAAUUUCAAUCUUCAGGGUUUUAUACUUCAACAAAAGGGUGAUUUUUUAUUUUCAUUUUUAAUUUUGCUUAAAUGGAAGCCAUUAAAACAUUUAAAAGGCAAGCUAGCAAGAUCAGAGAGCAAGUAUCCAAGCAACAACAGGCUCUUCUUAGACAGUUCGGGCAUUCUGGUGCUGAAGCUUUUGCAGUAGAUGAAGCAGAGAUUGCAUGCCGUGACCAGCUACACAAGCUGUAUGCAUCAACAAGAGCAGCAAAGCAUUUUGAAAAGGACUUAGUACAUGGCAUAGAAGGAAUUAUGUCAAUUACUUCAAAGCAAAUUGAAAUAGAGAGGAAAUUUGCUCAAGAUUGUUGUAGGUAUGAGGCAGAAAGUCAAUGUAGUACUUCCCAUUUGGCAGAAGCUGCCGUCCGAGUUGGUACCUCUCGUAAUUCAAUGGUAGAAGAGAAGGAGACUGUACUUGGAACUUUUAAUGAAAAGGUCUGUAAGCCAUUACGAGCGCUGGUAAGAAGCGCUGAGCUUGAGGAUGGUCGGCAUCUGGUUCGUCGAUAUGAUAAAUUAUGGCAGGAAGUGGAAGCUCAGGCAGCUGAUGUACUAAAACUGAGGACAAAGGCCACUGAGGGGGCAAAAUCUGAGGAAAUUUUCAUCAAACUUCAAUAUGCAGAGGAAAAAUUGGAUGAUCUUAAAUCUAGAUUGAUGGCACUUGGAAAAGAAGCAACAUCUGCAAUGCUGUCAAUUGAGGCUCAUCAGCAAAAGAUGACUUUCCAGCAGCUUGUUGUUAUGCUGAAUGCCGAAAGAUCUUAUCAUCGCAACGUUCUUGCUAUAUUGGAGAAGUUACAUCCUGAGAUGAUUCAACUGGAACAAUUGAGCGAAUCUUUAUUUCAAGACGAUGUUACACAGAGCAAUUCUCAUAUAAAAACAGAAGAACAUAUUGAUUCAAAUGGAAUCAAGGAGCAUUACAUAGAACAUGAAGACGGAGCAUGCUAUGUUGCGAAAGUUGUACACCCAUUUGAUGCUCAAACUGAAGGGGAGUUGAAUCUAUCAGCCGGUGAUGUUGUCGUGGUGCAGCAGGUGGUUCCUGGUGGCUGGUCUAAAGGCGAAUGCAACGGUAAGACGGGAUGGUUUCCUUCCCCUUAUGUACUAAGGUUGGAUGAAGUUUCAGAAGGCAAUGUAAGCUGGGCAAACCUUUAGCAGCAAUAGUUUUCUUGUUACCAUAUUUUUUGCUGUAAAAUAAGUUGUAUAGUUUCUUCUUUUUUUGUAUUAUUCAAUGUCUUUUGUAGAAGGGAUCACAAUAUUGAAAGGAGGUAUAUUGUACAAAAUCAUGAGUUCAAAGUUCUGGUGUUGUUUGAACAUUGUGUAGCACAGAGUUUAUGUUAUGUACCAAGAAACAACCAUUGAUGUAUAAUUAUACAAACAA